AAACGUUAUUUAUCUAUUAUAAUAAAUUAUACCAAAAUGAAAUUGCAUCCGUUAAGUCGUAACUUAAGAAGAAAUUGUUUUUUAAUCAAAUUAAUGCAAAUGAAUAUAUUAAUAGAUUGUGGAUUAGAUACUUCUUACUUUUUAGAAUUUCCACCUCGUGAUAUUAUCGGGUCAAAAGCACAACAACAUGCAUCAGUUUCUGUUGAAGUUUCUUCCAAUAUAUCAGAUCAUUCGGAUCAUACAUCAUCUUCUAAUGAUGCUAUAUUAGAAAAUAAAGAAAAUGAUAAGAAACGUCGUAAAUUGGAUCAUCUAAUUGAUUCAACUGGUGAUGGUAGUGGAGGUGCAGGUGGUGGAGUUCGUCGGCGUGGUCAAUUUUUAGUGGAAACUCCUGAAUUUAGUAGCAUCGAUUGGAAUAUUAUUGAUUUCAUAUUUAUUACCAAUUAUAAUCAUAUGUUAGCUUUACCUUAUAUUACUGAAUAUACUAAUUUCAAAGGAAAGAUUUACGCUACAGAGCCUACAGUUUUAUUUGGACGACAGAUGAUGAAGGAAUUGGUGCAUUUCUUUGGUGAUAGUGUACUUAAAAGUCGAACACAUUCACAACCUGGAUCUACGAAUAUUUUUACCGGUGUCACUGCAGACUGGAAUGUUGCACGAUCUUUAUAUUCAAUAGCAGACAUUCAAUCUUGUAUUGAUAAAGUAAGACCUGUAAGAUUUGGUGAACAUCUGAAUUUAUAUGAACUCGAAGUUACUGCAUAUAGUUCAGGUUAUUGUCUUGGUAGUGCUAAUUGGAUGAUUGAUUGUGGAGGUGAAAAGAUUAGUAUAGUGUCAUCAUCAUCCACGGUACAAAAUAUACAUCCUUUACCUUUUGAUGAGACGGUAUUAAAUAAUGCUGAUGUUAUCAUUCUUAGCGACUUGCGUGAUAAGGAUGGAGCUAGAUUUGAAACCAUUCUUAUUGAAAUUGGAAAUUGUGUUGCCAACACUCUAAAAAAUAAAGGAAAUGUUUUAUUCCCUUGUACGAUGAAUGGAAUUAUUUUUGAUAUAAUAGGUUUUUUGAGUCAACAUCUAAGGGCCGUAGGAUUACGUGGUAUUCCCUUCUAUGCAGUAUCUCCUAUAGCUGAGGAAUCCCUCAAAUAUUCUAAUAUAUGUGGGGAGUGGAUGUGUACCGAGAGACAGCAAAAAAUGUACUUGCCAGAUAAUCCGAUGCAUCAUCAAGACAUGAUUGAGCAAUCGUUAUUAUAUUAUGCAUCUAGGGCUGAUAGUUCAUUACAGGAAAAAUAUCAGGAACCAUGUGUUGUCUUCGCUGGACAUCCGUCAUUACGUAGUGGUGCAGCCAUUAAUUUCAUUAGAAAGUGGGGAAAUAAUUCAAACAAUUCAAUAAUAUUUACAGAAUCCGAGUAUGAUUGUGAGGAGGCGAUGUCAGCGUUUGAAGGUUUACAAAUAAAACCUAUAUAUCUUCCAAUUGACAUUCGAUUAACAAUCAAUGAGGUAACAAAUAUACUGAGAGAAAAGAAACCUCAACAUGUUUUGAUUCCUCAAAAGAUUAUAAAAGAAUCGGGAAAUAUAAGGCCAAAUUUACCUAACUCAUUUAUUACUUUAUAUGAGUGUUUAGAUAUCGUUAAUAUUUCUAUUAAUUCACAAUUUGUCAGGACUGUUAUGACAGAAAAUCUUGCUUCAAAUAUUGAAUUGGUUAAUCUUGGAAAAGAUUCGCUAAUAGCAUCAUUGAAUGGAACACUUAAUAUUCAUAAUACAAAAACAUCAUUAACUUCAGCGGAAAAUCAAUUAAAUCAACAAAGAUAUGUUUGUGGGGAAUUUGAUGUCUCAAAACUUAUUAAUGAAUUAACUGAACAAAUAUAUGGAUGUAGAAUAGAUGAAUUUGAAGAAGAUAAGAGAAAUUCAAGAUUUAUUUGAAUAAUGAAAAUUUUAAAAUUAUUACAACUGAUAAUCAAACUAGGAUUAAAUUGACAAAGAUCUUGAUCGAACAAUUAAUCGUAUUAUGAGAUGGUAUUAUGAGAUGUAUUAAUAAAGUAAUUAUUUUUGCGAGAAAAAGAAUUUCUCAUAGCGCAACAAAAUUUUAAAAAUUUUAUUCGUGAAUAU